AUGAAUUCUUCUUCAGACUCUAAAAAUUUAUCUAAAACCUUUUACUCAAUCUUAUUAAAAUCAACAAAGUUGUACUCUACUCUAAAAAAUAUCAACAAAGCUCUAAACUUACUAGCAACUAAACCAAACACUCCUUUAGAUAUCCUGAACAAAUAUAUUUUAAAAGUUGCAUUACUAGCUAAUCUAACUAUUCCAAAUAUGAAUCAAGAUAAAUACAAUAAUAGUGAUACCAAUACUAUUACUAAACUUAAAGAAUAUAAAUAUAUAAUAUAG